CUUGAUAAAUAUUUAUAUACCAGUACAGAAUCGAGCGCGGAAGGACGCACACGCAUCGACGCGCGUCACGCCAAACCAUAGUGCAUUCCCGCCAAAAUACACGUCAGCUGUCAAAAUUGACAUCUGUCAAAAAGUUUUGUGAUAAAAAAGUGUAAUAAAAUUGUUGUUUUGUGUUUUAAAACGUUGGUUUUCACACUAGGCUGAACAACAAACACCUUAGCCCAAAAACCGUUACACUUAAAAACCCAACUGUCAAACACACAACAACAAUUCGAAAACCUAACCUCAAAAAUCUCAGUAUAGAUGAAGUAAAAACAUAAUUAUUAUUAACUAGUCAUGCUAAAAUAACCAUAAUGGACAAGUUGGUGAAGAGUGUUAAAUCUUGGCGUGCUCCUAGGCCAAGUGAGGACCUGUCUAGGAGUCAGUACUCCUUGGUGUCUACGGACCUGACGGAUGGAGCGGUUCAACUGUGGCUGGGGUUACCAGAUGAGGUCAAAUAUGACCCUGCUUUGGAGCAGUUUAGACAACACUAUGAGAAGGAACAUGGUGGCCUCGGCGUCUCUCGCAAGACCAAGAACGGUUCAUCCAAGAGACUGCCGUGCGUGAGUUCUGCUCCACAUCUGAACAACAAUGUUCACAGCACUAAGGAGGAGAUUGCCUUCCUCAAUGGCAAGAGUCUCCCGCCUACUGAGGAGAAGAAAGAGAAAAAGGAAAAGACGAUAGAAGAAAUACCUACUCCCAAAAAGAAAACAAAGAUGGCUCAAGCUGGUCACCUACUGAAGAUGACAAUCCUGGUGGCGUGCUGGAUGUUCUUCACCGUCGUCUUCCUCAUGUACAACGAGAAGGAACAGCUCAGCAGGCACUCUUCAGUAGCCCCUGGUGAAGUCAAGAGUUACACUCUUCAAACAGAUAAAGAUCAACUCUCAGUACUACUCAAACUAACCGGACCAUUCGUGUCUGAACAAAAUGAGAAGAAAUUAAAUUCUAGUGAUAAGCUGAACAUGCCCAGAAUGGAUGUGUGGCUUGAAGGAGACGGCUAUGAGGCUUUCAAAGAAGAUACCAAUCAGUCCUCCCACUGGUUACUCUACCUGGACCCUCACGACCAAAUAGACUUCACCCUCGGGGAAACCAGGUCCCAGGUCCUCAAACUGGAUCCCACCACCACCAGAAGAUCCCCCAAUGUCAACAGAACUGUGUAUGCCGUGAAGAUUUCCACCACAGCGAAUACGACGACCCCCUUUGCGCUGAGCUAUAGCUUAGACCCCAUAGAAUUGUCAACGGGGGUCAUUUAUGCCUGUAUGCUUCUGUGCGCGCUUUAUAUACUUAUUAUUUUUGAGAUUAUAAACCGCACCAUGGCAGCAGUCCUGGUCUCCACCACAUCAUUGGCAGCUCUAGCUUUAGCUGGUGAAAGACCGUCGCUCCCGGAGCUGAUCUCCUGGUUGGAUGUAGAGACUCUACUGUUGCUGUUCAGCAUGAUGCUUCUAGUCGCUAUCAUGGCUGAAACUGGACUAUUUGAUUUUUUGGCUGUUUUUACUUUUGAGGUAACAAAAGGCAAGAUUUGGCCGCUUAUAACUCUUCUAAGCGCCAUCACGGCCAUCAUAUCUACGUUCCUGGAUAAUGUUACAACUGUUCUGCUCAUGACUCCUGUUACCAUCAGGUUAUGUGAAGUAAUGGACCUGGAUCCCAUACCUGUGUUGAUGUCUAUGGUGCUGUUCAGCAAUAUAGGGGGCACAGUUACCCCUGUGGGUGACCCUCCAAAUGUCAUUAUUGCGUCCAAUAAGGCUGUUGUACAAUCUGGUAUCAAUUUCACAAACUUCACGUUACACAUGACGUUCGGUAUCCUGCUGGUCUGCAUACAAACCUACUUCCAGUUCAGGUUCAUCUACAGAGACACUGACAAACUCAGACUGAAUGAACCGAGAGAUAUACAAGAUCUCCGUCACCAGAUUUCCAUAUGGCGUCGAGCAGCGGACUCCUUACCUCAUCUCAGCAGAGACGAGCUGGUAGUCAGGGAGAGACUGGAUAGGAAGGUCAAGAAGCUGACUGUGAAGCUGGAAGCUUUGGUUAAGGAGACGAAGAUCAGAGCCUGUCCCAAAGACUGCUUCGAAACUAUGUUGGCCGAUAUGAAGGAUAAGUACAAGAUAAGAGACAAAGUGUUGCUGAUCAAGUGCACGGUGGCCAUAGCGUUCGUGGUCACUGUGUUCUUCUUACACUCCAUACCCGAGUUCAAUCGCGUGUCCCUGGGCUGGACGGCUCUGCUGGGAGCUCUGCUGCUGCUGACGCUGGCUGAUCGCGAAGACCUGGAGCCCAUAUUGCACAGGAUCGAGUGGUCCACGCUGCUGUUCUUCGCUGCACUCUUUGUGCUUAUGGAGGCACUAUCCAAAUUGGGUCUCAUUGAAUACAUUGGAGGACUAACAGAAAGCGUUAUCCUGAAGGUGGAUGAGAGUGCAAGAUUAGCAGUGGCUAUCCUUCUCAUGUUAUGGGUAUCAGGAGUAACAUCAGCCUUCGUAGACAACAUCCCUCUAACGACAAUGAUGGUACGAGUUGUGACUUCAUUGGGUAACAAUCCUACACUCAACUUGCCUAUGGCUCCUCUUAUAUGGGCACUAUCCUUUGGAGCUUGUCUUGGAGGUAACGGCACUCUGAUCGGCGCGAGCGCAAACGUGGUGUGCGCAGGAGUGGCUGAACAACACGGAUAUAGAUUCACUUUCGUACAAUUCUUCAAGAUCGGCUUCCCUAUCAUGAUUGGUCAUUUAAUAGUAGCUUCAGGAUACCUUAUGGUAUGUCACUGUUUAUUCGAAUGGCAUUAAGAAUCCAAAAUUUAUGUUUUUGGACAAAAAUCAACCUAAAGCUGUUGGCUUAAGAUUCAAUUUCGGUUGCAAAUUGUAAAUAGCGAAAAAGUAUGUAUUUGGACAAAAGUUAACCGUAAGCUGUUGGCAUAAGAUUCAAUUUCGGUUGCACAAAUUGUAAAUAGCGAAUGUAGGAGUGAAAAGACAAGACGUUAAAAGUAUUUUUAUUGUGAUAAUUUCUUCUAAGUUUGGUAAAGGCGUUUAUGAGUUAAAGGAUUAACACAAAUAGGUGAUAAGGUAUGGAUUGAAAGAUAAAUUUAUGAAAAAUUGGUGAUUAAAAUUUCAAGUUUUUGAAUUCUUGAGUAGGUAAAGGCAGGCUCUUCUUAUAUGUAGUACAACAACCAAGUAAAAAAAACUAAAUUUGUUAAUUGAUAUUGACACUUUUUUUUAACGUUUUAUUUACCUACUUAAAAUUUUGACCAUUCUUGCUCUAAACCUUUUUGAGUACUUUUAAAUUUAUUAAAAUAUAAUCCGUCCAAAUUCUGUAGUCAGUUAAGUCAAUUUCAGGAAAGAACAGGUGACGGUUUACCAGAUUGAAUUUAAAAUGACUUUAGAUUGACAACCAGUCUUACCAAAGGGUAUCGGGUUGCCCAGCUAACUGGGUUGAGGAGGUCAGAUAGGGCAGUCGCUCCUUGUAAAACAUUGGUACUCAACUGCAUUCGGUUAGACUGGAAGCCGACCCCAACAUUAUAGGGAAAAGGCUAGGCAGGUGAUUCAUAAAUUUUCAUCCAGAAUAUUUCGUGAAAAUAGUUUUCUUAAAAAGACAAUGUUUUUAAUUGUUAUUUUUUUUACUUACAGAGCUUAUUUUAAUUUUGAGCCUUUUAUAUACAUAGUUUACUUAUACGCUAAUGUUCCUGGUAAAUGCCCAAGUCUUUGGCAAACUCGCCCAAGAGUUUGGCAAAAACGCCCAAUUCUUUGGAAAACACGCCCAAUUCUUCGGCAAAUAAGUUUUGUUAAUGGCAAAAAUGACCAAUAAAUGGCGUUUUUUGUUUUGUACAAAUAUUUUAGUGUGAUAUAAUGUUACAGUAUUGCUCUAGAACAAAUUAUUGAGUAAGAUAUAUUUUAUUUAAAGUUAAAUAAUUGUAAUUUAUUUAAUGAACGCAAUCAAAUGAAUAGUUUCCUUUAGUCGGUUCACAGUGAUUUGCACCUUUAUCGUCAAAAGUUAAUGAUAUGAUGAUGAUGAUGUCCUCCUAGCCGAUUAUCGGCUACGGCGGCUGUUCUCAUCUAAGGAGAUCAGCCAGCUGCGAAGGACAUAUUAUAGUGCACAAGCAUUUGCUUGGACACAGGUGCACUCACUAUUCCUUCACUCUCAUAGCGCGAUGGGACGGCAAUCCGACACCACCGGAGAGAUCAGGUAAUAAUGGAUUAAGACAUUAUUUAAUAGUACAAACUAUUUAUUUUGUUUAAUUAUUAAUUUUAUAACUAAAUAUAAUGUCACUACAUUACACUUAAUCGUAAUUUUACAUUUUAGAAUUUCAUCUCAAAAGUAAAAUAAGUAACAUAUAAAAUAAUAAAAUGUAAAAAACCAUAUAUAUGAUAUUAAACCUUUAUUGAACAAAAUCCUAUUACUUAUGAUGGAUUUUGAUAAAACUUGGUAGUAAUAUAUUUAUAUUAUAUGUUUGUAUUACAAAGGUCUCUUAUAUGUAUAUAAUAUUUUACAAUGUAUAAAAUGAAUGUAUUUGUAAAAAUCCCAAUUAUGGUGUUUGCUAUUUCUUAUGUUUUUUUAUUAUUUAUUUUUGAAGACGUUUUUAUUGUAAAUACUUCUUGUCAUACUUAUAACAAUAUUGUUAUCUACAUUUUAUUUAAAUUAUAUAGGAUUUUUUAAUGCAGUAUUGGGUUGCCCGAGUAACUGGGUUGAGGAGGUCAGACAGGCAGUCGCUCCUUGUAAAACACUGGUACUCAGCUGCGUCCGGUUAGACUGGAAUCCGACCCCAAUAUAGUUGGGAAAAGGCUAGCCAGGUGAUGAAUAUAGCUUAUACAAAUCAAAAUAACAGACUUCUUUUAUUUUUUUGUACAGCCUAAAUUGACAGACAAUUUUGUUAAUGUUAUAUUUGGAGUCAAAUUAGUUUAUAAAUGACGUAAUAAUUAUAAGUUAAAAUAAAAGUAAUAAGAGUGA